AGGAAAAGCAGUGCUCUACUCCGAGUGGAAGGCGUUACGGAUGCUGAACAGCAAAGAAAUACUUACUUCUAGGAGUGACCUAAAUUUAUAUAGGCCCCCAAACAAGUCGUGACGGGUUGAGUGAAGGAGUCUCUUCUUGUUUUUGCGAACGGAUAUAGGGUUUUCUUUUUCAUAAAGAAAGUUUUACUAUCGCAAAUAUCGGCAAACAUCACCUGGUGAAAAAUCUCGAUAGCGGCACCAAAAACUGGCGAUAUUUCGAAAGAGCAGCUGUAUACUAGUUUUUUCCCAUCCCUAUAGUGAAGAUCGUGUAGCAAACCAAACCUGUACAGAACAUUACGACGGACUCUCGUCAACCAUGGGGCUGCUAAACAUCCUCAAGAAGCUGAAGAAAAACCAGAAGGAGGCGAGAAUACUGGUGCUGGGCCUGGAUAAUGCGUAUGGAACUGGGCAUGAAAAGUAUCGCGUAGAAAGGCUGGCAUUUUAUUGCGUGGCUUGCCCAAAGUCUGUAUUAAGAAAACACAUUUUGCAGAUGCAGGUGGACAUACUUUUCUCUUUUGCAUUCGAUUUCCUCUGCCAUGCGUUUUUGCCCAAGUCGCUACGCGAUGCUUUUACCAACCAUAACCCAGGGAAGACAACAAUUUUGAAAAAGCUCUCAGAAGAGGACAUCUCUCACAUCAUGCCAACACAAGGUACAGAAAGAUGUUUGAAUCUUCGUGCAGUCGUUCUGCAUAAAAAGCUUGACUAAGUAGUUACUGUUGAUGUGGCAACAACAACUUUUUUGUGGCGUUUCAUCUACUUGCUUUAAAGCAUUCUGGUUAGAAAAAUUGUGAAUCACGCAUAUCCUUCACUUCCGCACAGGUUUCAAUAUCAAGUCCUUGGUGCACGAUGGGUUUAAACUGAAUGUGUGGGAUAUCGGCGGGCAAAAGACCAUCAGGCCAUACUGGAGCAACUACUUCGAGUCAUCCGACUGCUUGGUAUCAUGAUAGGGCGUGAAUUAUUUAAGAAUGUAGCUGCUGUCAUCUUCUGCAAGUGAAUAAACUACCGAGCGGCGUUAUUGUCCUUUUGCAUGCGGAGAAGGCAUCAUUUUUGUCUAUGCAAAAACUACAACGCAAGAACGCCAUUACAAAUUUUUAGGUCUACGUUAUUGACUCCUCGGAUCGGCGAAGGCUCGAGGAGUCCGGGUCGGAGCUAAACGAGCUGCUCCAAGAGGACAAGCUCUCGAACGUGCCGCUCCUGAUUUUCGCCAACAAACAGGACCUGCUGCAGGCCCUGCCCGCAAACGAGAUCGCCGAGGAGCUCUCGCUACACAACAUCCGCGACAGAACGUGGACGAUUCAGGCGUGCUCCGCGAAGGCGGGGGAGGGGUUGCAGGAGGGCAUGGAGUGGCUCGUCGGGCACAUGAAUUUGCAGAACAAUUAAAAAGCGGGAUCAUCUAGUAGUGCGGGUAGAGAAGUACUUUAUAAAGGCCCUGAUAUGAUUUGGUUGAAAGCAGACGCCACUUCGGAUUCGCUCGCUUUUGCAAGCACAAGAACCACCCAUCAGCUAGUAGCUAUAGUGAACGCAUAUUCCAGUAGCUUUCGCUAAACUGGAAUUUCGACCGGAUUAUUAUUUCACCCAUUUUUUACUUUUGUUUUGAUCAACCUCGAAACUGUAUUGUUUAUCAAAAAGAAGAAUCAUCAAUCUUCAGCACACCGUCAAAGAUGUUGCAGCAAGGGCCGUUUGAUCAUCAGCGACCACCUAAAUCCCAUCUCAUCAUAUAAUAGCUUUGAAAAAUCCUCGAUUGUUCUCAUAUCGCUGAAGAUCUUGAACAAGCGAGCCAGGAUUAGUCUCCCGAUUGCGAUAGUAUGCUUCUAAGGAAGAUGAUAAAUUGAGGCUGAAUAAACUCCUCGGCAGGAUGAUGAAGGCAGUACUUACUCUACUUGUUCUGAGCAGACAGAAAUAACUUCAAAUGUGCUUCACAGUAAACGCGACCCCUUAAUUUUUUUUCAGAGGUGCUGCUGUAUCUGUACACUGUAUUUAACAAAGUACUAACUAUUCCAGUUGGACCACCCAAAGCUUCUACAGUACUAUCGCCGGAGCUACUACAGCUUCGUCGAGUUGCGGCGCCGCUCGCAGUACCUAGCACAGAAUCAAUCUCUGGUGCGCUGCUCACGUAGUGCACCAGUUUCAAUGUGAAAGUAGCUCGGUGCCACGUAUUCGGACGGUCGGUUAAUGUUGUGAUAGAAGCUAAAAAAAGAGGUCAUCGGAUCUAGAGAUCAUCUGUCCGUUGAAACGUGGGACGAAAACGAUCCAAGGCCUGACUGCCUGGAAAAAAUUUGUUAGUUAAGAUACCAGGAUAAUUUGAUUCUCCAAGAAUGUCAGCCGUGAUCCCCGGAAAAAAGAAUGAAAACUAGACCUGAU